AGAAAGCGCACGUAAAAUCUCCAAAUCGUCAUCAUUAGUGAAGAGUUACCUCCCUUUUAAACGCGAUAAAUAGAGGUACGGGCACCGGCCCUUCAAACAAAUUGAUCUACAUUUGCUUUUCAUGGACUUUGACCCAGACCUACUAUUGAUAGGAUGAAGUUAGGUUUGUCAGGACAUGGUUAGAUCAGCCGCGAACAUUUGUGUCAGCCAGCCAUUCAUUAGAUAGCUCAACCAGGUACGAUUGCAUUUCACGAUGAUAAAAACACUGAACAGUUAAGCACACACAGUGUGGAUAAUAUCGACAGCAGCGAUUUGAAACGUAGUUUGAAGAGUACUUGGUUAUUUCUCUGUGUAAUCUUUGGAGUCAUCAAGAACGUUGAACAUUGUUGCAUCGGCAGACGGUGAGGAUCCAAAAAGAUGCAGUCUUUGGAGGAGAUGUGGAGAGCCUUCCUGGACAUGGCACACAGUCAUCACAUCCUGAUGUCCUCUGUGCUUGGAGUCGGGUUUGGGUACAUCUUGCUGCGUCAGUGGCUAGCAGGGAGCCCAGUGCGGAGCCGAGCACGAAUGGAUGGCAAGACGGUGCUGAUCACUGGGGGUAACACAGGCAUUGGGAAAGCUACAGCCCAGGAGCUGAUGAAGAGAGGGGCCCGAGUGAUCAUUGCAUGUCGUGAUGUGGUCAAGGGAGCUGCAGCUCUGAAGGACAUCCAUGUGGCGAGUCGGCAGAACAAUGGCACCUGUAAACUGCUGGACCUCUCUUCCUUCAAGUCUAUUCGGUCAUUUGUUGACAGCUUCCUGCAGGAGGAGAAGAAGUUGGAUGUCCUCAUAAACAAUCGGGUGGCAAUAGGCCCAAGACUGGAGUCCAGGGAUGGCUAUGAGAUGCAGUUUGCAGUGAACUAUCGCCACUUCCUCCUCACAAACCUGCUGUUGGAUGUGAUGAAGAAGUCAGCACCCAGUAGGAUCAUCAAUGUAUCAUCUAAAGGCUAUGAAAGUAAUGGAAGAAUAAAUUUUGAUGACAUCAACAGUAAGAAGGAAUACAAAGCAUUUGAUGUGUAUGCCAAAACCAAGCUGGCCAAUGUGUUGUUUACCAGGGAACUGAGCAACAGACUUCGAGGUAGUGGCGUGACAGUCAACUGUCUGCAUCCAGGGGUGGUGUACACAGAGAUCGGACGCAACGUCACCCAGAUUGACUUCAACUGGCUUGUCAAGUUCCUCUUAGGCACCGUUGGUCAAGCUCUGUACUACCUCUUUGCCAACACACCCCUACAAGGAGCUCGCACAACUGUGUACUGUGCUGUGGCCCCAGAGAUGGAGAAUGUCUCGGGAAAGUUUCUCUCUGACAGUCGGAUCUGUGACCUGCUGCCCCAUGCUAUGGAUGCUGAUGAUGCUGAGAGACUGUGGCACAUCAGUGAGGAGAUGGUCAAACUCAAGAAACAGGAAUAAUCGUCAUGGAAACUGCAGCAGUUUUCUACGUAGACCACAACUACAAUUCUGGACAGUCAGAUUGUAUAUGUGUCUCUUUCAGGGUCUUCCUUCCAAGUGGGUGAUCUAUGCUUCAUAUUGAGCUGGAUGAACUUCAUUUCACAGAUGAUAACAAUGUUAUUUACUGUACAUGACUUAAGUCAGGUGGCAAUAGUUUUGAUUGGAAAAAUAUCUUUAAAUAUCUAAGUGGGAUAGGUGACUUCCAGUAAUUGUAUUGUCAUUCUGUAGCCCACAGUCUACAUGGUGCAUUCACAUAUUUUUGCCUAAAGGUACUAGAUUGAAUUUGCAAAUAUUUUUCUACAGUAUAUGUGUUUUUGUAUAUUUAGUAAUAAGUAGUUGUCUACAGACAGAAUUUUUAAAGAUUUAUUAAUAUGGUUAAGUUGGUUUCUCGUUUAGUGCUGUGUGUUUGAUGUCAGAUACCAAAGCGUGCUAUCCUAGCUUCAUAAUGUUUUGUGACAAUAUGUCAGGCAUUGGAGUUUUGGAUAGAGUAUAUAUUUAUUGGCUGGUUUUGAAUUGUAGCUUGAUGUUUAGACUCUGGGACUCAUCCAUUCUGUCAAGUCCAUAUUAAAAGAACAAGGAUGUUUUAAUUUUGCUUUCUCCCUUUGAAGUGGGAGUAAUAUUUCACAUAUAUUUGUUUCUUUCCUAAUACCAAAUAGAACUUAACAAGAAAUUUAUCAAUUUGCAAAGUUAAUAUUGCACCUUUU